AUGGCUGGGUGGAUUUCAAAUAACGCAAAGAUGAAUCUUAAAGCUGUGGAUGGGAAUGAAAUGUUUCAGGGUCUAUCCAAGUCUGCUGGUUUGGACCUUAUACAGAAUUGUGAUCUUCCUCCACCCAUGAAAGUCUUCACAGGUUCUGCAGACAAGACUGUUGUGUCAUCCAUGAACAGAAUUUGCAGCAUGAUGGCCCGAGAAGAUCACGAAAACAGCCACGAGUUAAUCGACAUGUAUAGAGGAGACGGCGAUCAGAAUUAUGGGAAGCUGGAGCUCUUGAAAGCCUUGAGGCUUUCGCAAACAAGAGCGAGGGAGGCAGAGAAGAAGGCUGAGAAGUUGGCAAAGGAAAAGGAAUGUCUUUCCAAUGCUCUGCUCGCUGAGGCGAAAGAGCUUUUUGCUUACCGGCAAUGGGUGAGGUUGCUUGAGCUAAAAGUUUCGAAGCUGCAUUCACAACUGGCAGAACAAGAACAUCAGGAAUGCUGUGGCUGUGAGACUUGGAUUGUAGCUUUGGCACUUUGUUUGGGGAUUGCUGGUGUUGGGUUUGCAUUUGGCAGCAGAUACUUGUAUUGA